CCGCUCCACAAACCCAGGACCUUCCAUUCCUAAGAUUAGCUUCGCCGUUCACCAAAUCUCACGCCGGCUUUCUUCUCCUCUCCACCGUCUUCAACACACCCCGAGAUGGUCACCGUCGAUGAGAUCCGCGACGCCCAGCGUUCCCGGGGGCCCGCCACCAUCCUUGCCUUCGGCACCGCCACUCCCUCUAACUGUAUCCUCCAAGCUGAUUACCCCGACUACUACUUCCGCAUCACUCAGAGCGAGCACAUGACCGAUCUCAAAGAGAAGUUCAAGCGCAUGUGUGAAAAAUCUAUGAUAAGGAAGCGUUACAUGCACUUGACGGAGGAGAUUCUGAAGGAGAACCCCAACAUGUGCGCUUACAUGGCUCCCUCUCUGGACGCUCGUCAGGACAUGGUGGUGGUUGAGGUCCCUAAACUCGGGAAAGAAGCGGCCGUCAAGGCUAUUAAGGAAUGGGGUCAGCCCAAGUCCAAGAUUACCCACCUCGUCUUCUGCACCACCUCCGGGGUGGACAUGCCCGGAGCAGAUUAUCAGCUCACCAAACUUCUCGGCCUCAGACCCUCCGUCAAAAGACUCAUGAUGUACCAGCAGGGCUGCUUCGCCGGAGGCACCGUCCUCCGCCUCGCCAAGGACCUCGCUGAGAACAACAAGGGCGCCCGUGUUCUCGUCGUCUGCUCCGAGAUCACCGCCGUCACUUUCCGCGGGCCCUCCGAUACUCACCUGGACUCCCUGGUGGGCCAGGCCCUCUUCGGCGAUGGCGCUGCUGCCAUGAUCAUCGGCGCCGAUCCCGACACCUCUGUUGAGCGCCCGAUCUUCCAGAUGGUGUCGGCGGCACAGACCAUCUUACCCGACUCUGACGGAGCCAUCGACGGGCAUCUGCGGGAAGUGGGUCUCACGUUCCACUUGCUGAAGGACGUUCCCGGAAUCAUCUCGAAGAACAUUGAGAAGAGCUUGGUGGAAGCCUUCACCCCCAUUGGCAUCAAGGACUGGAAUUCCAUCUUCUGGAUCGCCCAUCCCGGUGGUCCGGCAAUUCUGGAUCAGGUGGAGGCCAAGCUGGGGCUGAAAGAAGAGAAGCUCGCAGCGACCAGGCACGUUCUGAGCGAGUACGGGAACAUGUCAAGCGCGUGCGUUAUCUUCAUAUUGGACGAGGUGAGGAAGAGGUCGAUGAAUGAAGGGAAGGCCACCACCGGAGAAGGAUUGGAGUGGGGCGUGUUGUUCGGGUUCGGGCCGGGUCUGACGGUGGAGACAGUGGUGUUGCACAGUGUUACCGUGUAAUUGGAGGACGUGGAUUAUAUGGGCCCGGAAAUUGGUGUUUGGCAGCAAGGGAGAAGCUUGAAAUAAGGAAAUGGAAAGGUCCAUUAAUUAUUUCAUUUACCGUUUUGAAUGUUUGUUAGUACAGUAUUAUCGGAUUCACAGGAGAUCAUUUACUUGGCACGACCCUGUGACGUUGUGAACCAAACCUGCAAACGGAGUUGGGAUCUUUAAAUUAAUUUUUUGUUUUGAA